GCAGACUGUCAGUUCGGGAAGAAGCGCUACGAGCUCGAGUCCGUGUGGAACCCGGACCUGGGCGCCCCGUUCGGGGUCAUGCUCUGCGUCAAGUGCGAAUGCGUCCCCGUGAAGAGGAAGCGCCGCAUCAAGGGGAAGGUGAAGUGCAGGAACAUCGCCCCCGAGUGCCCCAAACCGACCUGCGACAACCCUGUCCUGUUGCCGGGGCAGUGCUGCAAGAUGUGCACGGGACAGAAAAAUGAAGCCUUCAUCAGCGACGUGUCGGUCAAGGAGGAUCCGGACGACCUGGAGAAGCCACCUAUGCGAGGGAUAGGUUCUAGGGAUUCCGAGGCUAAGGGACGUGUGUCUCACGUCUGCCUGGAAGCGUUCCAGGUCCCCAUGCCAAGAAAUUUCACUCCAUCCCGCCCUGCCUUUGCUGAUUACGCAGUGGUGAUGACGACGUGGGGACUGGAAGAGAAAGGCUUAGACCGGGACCGCGAGCGGGUGGUCGGGACGGCGAGGUUCCACUUCCAGAAGCGGGACCUCCACUUCGGGCUGUACUACGGGGCGCGGGGGCCGCCGCCGAGGGCCCUGCAGUUCGUGGACGAGGAGGGGCAGAUCCUGGAGGAGCUGGAUCUGCAGGCGGCGGUGGACGAGAGGAACCGGCGGGUGUGUGGCGUGUGGAGGAAGCCACCGAAGGCGUACCGGAGGCUGCUCAGGAAGGAGAAGCUGAAAGCCUCCCUGGUUCCCGCCGACAACACGACGCAUUGGACGGCCCAGGGUCGACUGUUCCGCGAUCAGGGACUGGAGACCGAGAAGUACUCGAGCCUGCUCGUACCGGAAGGCGCGAAGAACAAGACGGGAGGGGGGACGGCGGUGGUCUCGGUGGAUAGCAACACGGGGAGCGUCCAUCUGCUGGUGCUGUUUCAGGGGCUGUUUCCCCCGCAGCAGCCGUGGAACGUGUCGUUCGUGGCGGUGCUCCGGAAUCAUAAGGAUCCGGACGAGGUGGUCCUCCGGGAGGAGUUCUUCCGGCCCAAGCCGGAUCCGGAGAUGGAGCGGGUGGAGGUGAAGACGGUCCUGGAACUCCCGCAGCUGAGGCAGUUGGCUCGGGGACACCUCGUCCUGGACGUGUUCGCCAGCGACCAGCCGGAUUACAAGCUGUCGGGCCCCAUUCACACGAAGCCGGACUGCUCGGUGUUCGCGGCCGUCAUGACGUCGCCGGAGAGCCCGAGCGCGGGCACGGGAUUCGCGCUGCUCAACCUCAACGCGGACGGGUCCGUGGACUACCGGAUCAACCUCGAAGGCGUGCCCUCGUCGGUCGUCGGACUCAGCAUGGAGGGAACGCAGAAGCGGAAGACGCGAGUCAUGGACGAUAUCCUCGCCGCCGUCUACGAGGGAUGGGCCAACGGGACCUACUCGAAGGCCAGCGUCCGGGACCUGGAGAUGCUCUGGGACGAGGAAGUCUGGAUCGGUGUGGAUCUGGAGGGGGGAGCCAGGCUGCAGGGGCAGGUCCAGUGGGAACUCUUCUCCGAGGCUCAUCUCGGCUCCAGGCCCGUCUUCCUUCGCGCCGCCUUGAGGUCCGCGGGGGCAUUGGCGUGGAUGGCGACGGACGGCGACUGCAACAUGCACUACGACCUCCGGACGGGGGGCCUGGAGGCGUCCGAGAAGCAUCCGAUCAUGCUGGAGCUGCUGGAGAGCCCGAUCCGGCAGAACGCGGUGGGGAUUCCCAACCGGAACACGGCGCUGGGGAGGUUCGCCCAGGCGUCGGGGGAGGGCCACGAGCUGGAGCUGUCCAAGAUCACGCUGGCGAGGAUCGACGCGGGGAUCACGGAGCUGGUGCUCAGGCAGGACCUGGGGAUGCAGGAGGUCGUCGACGUCAGGACGACGAUAUCGAGGGGGCAGGUUGGGAUCGGCGGAUCGUGCCUGCCGAGCUACAAGGUCCCGGCCCCCGUGCUGCACGGGAGCGGGAUCCUCCUGGACGAGUCCGGGGAUCCGGACGCGGAGGGCGACGACGAGAACGAGAUCCCCGGCACGGACCGGUGCUUCUACGACAACCUGAUCCACGAGGACCUGGAGCAGUGGCCGUCUCCGAACGACAACUGCCUCAUGUGCUCCUGCCAGAAGGGGAAGGUCCUCUGCGACAAGGAGAUCUGCCCGCUCAUCGCGUGUAACAACCCGGUCAUCCUCCCUGGACAGUGCUGCCCGAUCUGCUACGACGGGCCAGGGGAGUUGGACCCAACGCGGGGCUGCUAUUUCCAGGCGGGAGACAAGAAGUUCCACGUGGCCGGGUCGACGUGGCAUCCGUACAUGCCCCCGAGAGGAUUCUCCAAGUGCGCCGUCUGCACCUGUGAUGCACGGACGCUGCAAGUGUCCUGCAACCGGCUGAAGUGCCCGCGACUGACGUGCCCUCGGAGCCUGCAGUACCGAGAGCCCGGAUCCUGCUGCCGGGAGUGCCCGGAUCCGGUGGCCGUGAACCGGACGGGGAGCCGGGACCGGGACCGGGACCCGGACGAGAUCCAGGACCAGGGCUCGGAGAAGACGGACGCGGAGAUCACCGCCGCGAUCCUCCAGGACGGGGGAUGCCUCGUCCGCGGGGAGGUCUUCGAGAACGGGGACCAGUGGCAUCCGAAGGUCAUUCCCUUCGGGGAACUCAAGUGCAUCGAUUGCUCUUGCAAGGACAAGGUGUACACUUGCCGGCGCCGCCACUGCCCCAAAGUGUCUUGCCCGAAGCCAGUGAAAGACGAAGGGGAAUGCUGCUGGCGAUGCCCCGACGAUAAACCCACGUCCAGGCUCAAGUUUGGGAGCAUUCCAGCGAUUUGCGAAGUCAGCGGGAACCGGAAAUCCCGAUUCCCACACACUGUGACUGAUGAAAGCGCGCUCUAUGACGAAGGAGGGGGAGUGGAAUACUCGACGCGGCGUGGGCUUGGAGAUUCGGAGUAUCAAGAGUCUCAGUCGCUCGUCGUGGAUGGAGGGGAUCGAUUCGGAGUUUCCACCGUCAACUUUGACAAUUUCGAGGAGCUGGUCUGGAUCGGGAACCAAGGCGGUCACGUGACAUCAUACUAUGGGAAUACUCUGCAAAAGUAUACGUCCUUCCAAGUGCACGCGACAGAAGAGGUGCGGCAGAUCCUCACCUUCGACACGGGUAUCCUGGCUCUGACCGAGAGUUCCCUCCGGUGUCAGAUGAGGAGAGGACUCCCCAUCUUCACGCACACUUCGGAGAAUUUCACGGAGAUGCAGUGCAUGCUGAUCACCGGUCCUUCCACUCUUCUCGUCGGAGGCCAUCACAAUCAGCUCAUCGAACUAGAUCUGAAUCAGGGCACCAAGAAACGGGUUGACCUACGAGUGUGCCCUUCGGACACAGAUUUUGAUGUCCACGGAAACACUGUUGUGACCUGUGGAUUCUCUAGCAGGAUGGGGAAUCUUGCAGUGGAUCACAUUCUUAUGGUGUAUGACUUGCGGAUGAUGAGGGCCACGACACCUGUGCAGGUGGCUAUGGAGCCAUUCCUUCUCCGCUUCAUCCCUUCGUUCUCCUCCCGUUUGGCCAUCCUGUCUGCCUCUGGCCAAUUGCAACUCCUGGAGACAAGCAAUUCUGAUCUCUGUCUCUGCCAGGUUGAGACACCAGGUGCAAUGUUCCUGACCUUUGACAUUGCUCCUACAUGCCAAGCCAUGGCAUUUGGGGACUCUGCAGGGUACCUGCACGUCUAUGCGACAAAUCCAGAAGCCAUGUUCAAUGCUCACCCAAGGGAUACGGAGUUCCCAGACCCCAUCGAUCCCAUUCCACACAUUCCACUCGAUGAUGUCCUUGCUCCACUUGCCUCUGUCCCCCUCCCCUUCUGUCCUGCGGGUCAGCCUUAUCUCUCCGAUUGGCCUGCUCAGUUUACCAAGAAGGUGUACUGGAAAGCACCGAAAAUCGACUCAGAAAUUUUCCACAGCAUGAAGAUGGUCCAGAGCAUUGGUUAUGCCCCAAAUCCAGGGAACAAGCGGCGAAAUCAGGUUCCGUACAAGCUGGACAAGUCAAAGCAACGCACCAGACAGCUGAGCGUCCCGGACUCGCCCCACGAUGGCAAGGGAGGCGAGAACUUGUUUGUCCCAAUAAUACCCAAGAGAUACCGGAGGGUGGAAGUCAAGUACUCGAAGAUGGGGUCAGAUGACUUUGACUUUGAUCAUUACAAUAAGACCAGCUUCUGUGGAUUGGAGGCCAGUCUUCCCAAUGCCUACUGCAAUGCCAUGCUUCAUGUUUUGUACUAUGUGGAGCCCCUGCGUGCCUCCCUCCUGUCUCACAUGUGUCACCGGGAGUUCUGCCUGGCAUGUGAACUUGGUUUCCUCUUCCACAUGUUGGACUCUGCAGCUGGGUUUCCCUGCCAGCCGGCCAAUUUCCUGCGAGCGUUUCGUACUCUCCCCGAGGCUGCCGCUCUUGGCCUCAUAAUGAGCGAACAGGAUGAGCAUUCUUCUGUGCUGAAGAAGAAAUCCAUGCUUGGAAGCCUCAUACAAAACUGGAACCGUUUUGUGCUGCAGCAGAUCCACACUGAAGCAAAAGUGAGAAAAGCACCCCCUCCAGAGAAGAAACCUGAUAAAGAAGAAGGGAAUCCUAGCUUAUCCAGCACAAAAGCUGAGGAAGAGAAGGUUGAAGAGGAGGUGCAAGUGGAGGUGGAGAAGAAAGAGGAGAAGAAGGAAGAGAAGGCAGAGGAGAGGACAGACUGGAGCUGCGUGGCUGAGGUCUUUGGCUUCCAGCAGCUCCAGAUCAUCCAGUGCAUGUCCUGCAAUUGCGAGACCAAGAAAGAACGUGUUGCCCUCCUCUGCAAUCUCACCUACCUUGACUUCAUCCAUACUAGUGAAGACAAGGGAACCGAAAAGGUUCACACAUUUGGAGAGGUCCUGGCAAAGAGCCUGUGCCUGGAGCAGAUGACAUCAGCAUGGUGCGAGCCCUGCCAGAAGUACCAGCCGACAACACAGAGUCGCCGCUUGAAGAUGCUUCCGUCGAUCCUGUCGGUCAACUGUGGGAUGGAAAGCAACCUGGACUUUCAAUUCUGGUCAGAGCAAAUGAAGCAUUUGAUGGAAACAUCCCAACAGAAGGCAGGGGCAAGCACUGGGCCCCCCAGCCAAGAACCACCGAGUGAGGUCAGGGACAUCCCUCCGUUGGCCGUUCGACCAUGUCGAUAUGGGAAGCUCUGUGCUCGACCCAACUGCAAGUUCUGGCAUGAGGGACGGGAUCAUGCUUCCAAGCGAGAUAGCUGGUAUCAGAAGAGCAUCGUCAGAGAUGUGCCGAUGCGUGUCUCCUGGGUCCCUCUGACUAUCAAGAUCAAGCUCUUCCCAGAUGGUACUGUGUCCAUCAAGGACAAGACUACUGACUCCCAACAUACUGUAGUUGUAAAGAAACAAGAGGGAGAGGAGGAGGAAGAAAAGAAGGAAGAAGAGGAUGAGGGAUACGAGGAAUAUGAACUGAUGGCGGCAGUCUCCCACAUCCAGCAUCCGACCGUCCCUGAGAAGAACCAGCUGGUUGCUUGCGUCAAGGUGGCCCCAUCAUACCAUGAGCGCCUCCUUGGCAGUCCUGUGAGCCAGUGGUAUCUCUUCAAUGACUUCUCCAUCUCACCCAUCUCACCACNGUCAGAGCAAAUGAAGCAUUUGAUGGAAACAUCCCAACAGAAGGCAGGGGCAAGCACUGGGCCCCCCAGCCAAGAACCACCGAGUGAGGUCAGGGACAUCCCUCCGUUGGCCGUUCGACCAUGUCGAUAUGGGAAGCUCUGUGCUCGACCCAACUGCAAGUUCUGGCAUGAGGGACGGGAUCAUGCUUCCAAGCGAGAUAGCUGGUAUCAGAAGAGCAUCGUCAGAGAUGUGCCGAUGCGUGUCUCCUGGGUCCCUCUGACCAUCAAGAUCAAGCUCUUCCCAGAUGGUACUGUGUCCAUCAAGGACAAGACUACUGACUCCCAACAUACUGUAGUUGUAAAGAAACAAGAGGGAGAGGAGGAGGAAGAGAAGAAGGAAGAAGAGGAUGAGGGAUACGAGGAAUACGAACUGAUGGCGGCAGUCUCCCACAUCCAGCAUCCGACUGUCCCUGAGAAGAACCAGCUGGUUGCUUGCGUCAAGGUGGCCCCAUCAUACCAUGAGCGCCUCCUUGGCAGUCCUGUGAGCCAGUGGUAUCUCUUCAAUGACUUCUCCAUCUCACCCAUCUCACCACAAGAGGCUGUUUGGUUCAACCUGGACUGGAAGCUCCCUGCAGUGCUGUACUUUGCCCGCACCGAUCUCACCGUUCGCUUCAGAGAGUUGCUGGAUAGACAGCGAAAUCCAAUCACUGUGGAUGUGUUCAAGCAGGACAAGAGUCUGGCUCAGAAGUCAGGUCAUCUCAUUACCACAUUCGUUCCUCUCCAAGUGGACGAAAUACUCCAGAAAGAUGAUCUCGUGGCCAUUGAUGCAGAGUUUGUGACUCUGAAUCAAGAGGAAGCAGAACUGCGAAGUGAUGGGACACGCUCCACCAUCAAGCCCUCUCAGAUGUCAGUCGCUCGAAUCUCCUGCAUUAGAGGGCAAGGCAUCAGUGAGGGACUGCCCUUCAUGGACGACUACAUCUCAACUCAGGAACAGGUGGUGGACUAUUUGACCCAAUUCUCUGGGAUCAAGCCGGGUGACUUGGAUGCCAACAUUUCCUCCAAGCACCUCACUACCCUCAAGUCUACUUAUCUGAAGUUGCGGUAUCUGGUAGACAAUGGAAUCAAGUUUGUGGGGCAUGGGCUCAAGAAUGACUUCAGGGUGAUCAAUAUGGUAGUGCCACCAGAGCAAGUGAUUGAUACGGUGCUUCUCUUUCACCUUCCGCAUCAAAGGAUGGUGUCUCUGCGCUUCCUUGCCUGGCACUUUCUUGGAGAGAAGAUCCAGUCGUACAUGCACGACUCGAUCGAGGACGCCCGCACUGCCCUCCGCCUCUACCGAAGGUACCAGGAGCUGGAGAAAGCCGGGGAAGUGGAUGCGGCCCUGAAGAAGCUCUACGCCACGGGCCGAGAAUGCGGCUGGAAGGUGCCCGGAUUGGACGAAGACUGAAGAGUACAAAAGGAAGAGAGGGAUUCCUCCACGUUGCAUCUGUGAUCUCACACACUCCUACUUUUAUACCUCUUUUUUCUUAAUGUUGAUUUUUGUCCUCUCUUUCCCUCGGAUAUUUCUGCUAGAGU